AUGAAGCUCUCCGCCGCUCUCGCCGCCGCGGUCCUCGCUGCUGGCACAACCACCGCCCUGCCCGCCGUCGCCGAAGCCGUCGCCGAGGCCGCCGCCGCAGUCCUCGCCGCCACAACCACCGCCCUGCCCGCCGUCGCCGAGGCUGCCGCCGCGCGCCCCCACCAGAACUGGGGCAUGCCCAUCAUCAACCACAUUCCCGUCCCGGGCGCCGCAGGACGCCGCAGCAGCCCCGCACUCGACAAGGUGACUACAACUGACAAUGUCGAAGACGACGACGACGACCUCGACGGCUUCACUCGCGCUGUGACACGCCGUGACGAUGAUGAGUAUAAUGAUGAGGAUGAUGAUGAUGCCUUGGACGACCACCAUGGUUCCGGUUCCGCUGAGCAUCACCACCACCGCCGCGACGACCACGACCACGAUGACGACCUGAUCGGCUUCUAUUCCGUGGAGCGUCGCGCCGGCGGACGCGGCAAAGGUGGCGGUGAUCUCGCCCAUCCCAAGCCCAUUGCUCUCACCUUGACCCAUCCAAAGACGAUUCCCGACGACGGCCGCGGCAUCGAAAAGUCGGAUUUUGAAAACUUUGGCGAGGAGUUGAUGCGUCGCGCGGGGCGUCACCGGCCCAUUGUGGACCACACGCCCGUGGAACGCCGCCAUCGCCGUGCAGACGACGCUGGAAAGCCGGUUGCGGAGGCGUUUUGGGGCAUGCCCGUCGUGGAGCACGUUCCCGUGCCGGAUACUCGUCGGGAGGUGGCGGCGGAGGCGGCCGAGUUGGAGAGUCGCAGAGAGCCGUUUCCGAUUGUGGAUCAUAAGCCUUCUGAGCCUUGA